GCUGGGAAAUGCUUCUCACUUUUUCAGGGCUUUAAACUGCACAUCACACUUUUUACAGCUAUAUCUUCAAUGCCGGAUUAACACACUUUAUAACAGACUGGGCAUUAUAGAUUAAUUUCACUAAAUGGAAUCAAUCUAUCCAUCUUUGAGAAUAUAAUAAGAGUCCUUGCUUCUUAUCGCACUCUGAACCAAAAAUCUUGCUUCUUUAUUCAGGAGGCAAUCUUAUAGGCCCUUGAAAUCAACGAAACAAAUCAAAGUUACUCAGAAGAGAAAAUAAACUUUCCGUCAUCCUACAUUAGGUGCCGGUCCACAGAGACUUAAGGAUGCAGCGCUCCAGACAUCUUGGUAACAAUGCAGACAAGCAGUGGGAGACUGAGAGACGAGAUGCCAGAAGAGCAGCAGUCCGACUUAACCAUGGGCUCAAUGAGAUAGAAGAAGCCCAACUUUAUCAUGUCAACAAUAUGACCAAGGAGCAGAAAAGACUCCAAAUGGAUCUUGUCAAGAUGAAACAAGCUACGGCUAAGAACAAAACUACCAAAUGUGUACCCCCUGGAAAAUCUCCAUUAUAUCCACCUAAUUCUGGGGGCAGAGGAAAACUUUCCAGACAUGACAAGAAUGAAAGCAAAAACACAGUAUCUACUCCAGAAGGAAUAGUGGUGGCAUCUGGCUCAUCCAUGACUCUUCAAAUGCGAAUAAAUGACUUCAUGGAUGGAGUAAGCAGAAAGGAUAACCUGCAGUCAUCCCCAUCUGUCCAAGGGCCAACAGCUGAACCUCCAGAGUCUGAUAUCAAUGUAACAGAUGUAGAAAAUGCUAUGGCAAAAAGACUGAGUAUUUCUGGAUCCAUUAAUGAAGUUCAAAAUUCAUCAGAAUUCAAUGACAAAACAAAAGGCUUAACUAUUAAAUCUUCAACUCAAGAAACAAUUCCAAAAUCAGCAUAUUUCAAUGCACCACCAUCAAAGUCAAGACGGGGUUCCCUUUUCAAAGAAAAGUACAUCUUUGAUGAAGAAACAUUUGCACCUGAUGGAGGUCUCCGGACACUCCAUACAAUGCCCGAUUUGAUGGUUUCUCUCAAGGAAGCUAAAAAGGCAAGGUAUAUUCGACACAGACACAAACUGGACUCAGAGAAGGAGCUCAGUGUGCACGAGGUAUUCCAGAAGGAUCAUAAUAAGGAUAAUGAUACAAAUAAAAAUUAAAAUGUGCUUAACAAAAUUAAAUAAAAUAAAAAAAUGUAAAUUUUAUAUAUUUCAAUAGCACAUUAUAGUAACU